AUGUCCAUGGUGUUCUCAACCAGCCUCCGCUGCCGCUUGCCUGUCCUGCUUUUCCUCUUCCAGGGAAUUCUGGUGCUGUUCUUUGUCCUCUUUGUCAGAUACGACGAGCACACAGACCCUGCCUCCCAGCCCACCCAUGCCAGCCCAGGGGCCAACCAGCUCUACGCCUUCUUCUCGCUCUUCCAGGACAUACAGCUGAUGCUGUUGGUCGGGCUGGGCCUUCUGCUGGCUUUCAUGAAGGGCUACGGGCUCAGCGCUGUGGCCUACAACUUCCUGAUGGCCAACUUCUCCACCCAGUGGGCCUUGCUUGUGCAAGGAUUCGUGCACCACUACCACCAAGGGAAAGUCUCCAUCGGCCUCUACAACAUCCUCACCGCCGAAUUCGCAGCUGUGACCGUCAUGAUCUCCGCAGGGGCCGUCCUGGGUCGGACGAGCGCCCUUCAGCUUCUUCUCAUGGCCCUGUGUGAGAUUCCUCUCUAUGUGGCCUGUGAGUGGAUCAUCUUGAGCUACUUCCAGGCUGUGGAUGUGGGAGGAAGCAUCACGCUUCAUAUCUUCGCUUGCUAUUUCGGGCUGGGCGUCUCCAUCGCCCUCUACCGGCCAGGCCUGAGGCUGGGACACCCCAAGGAGGCACCCUCUUAUGCCUCUGAUCUGCUCUCCUUGCUAGGGACCAUGUUCCUCUGGGUCUUCUGGCCCAGUUUUGUGGCUGCUCUGGCCCACCCAGGGGACGCCCAGCAUAGGGCAGUUCUCCACACGUGGAUUACCCUCAGUGGCAGUGCUUUGACCUCCUUUGCUACCUCUAGCCUCCUGGAGAAGAAGGGCAAGCUCAGUUUGAGCCACCUGCAGAAUGCCACGUUGGCCGGAGGUGUGGCCAUUGGCGCCGUGGCAGACAUGAUCCUUACUCCCUCUGGAGCAUUCAUCUUGGGCAUCGUCUCCUCUCUGAUCUGCAUCCUUGGCUUCAAAUACCUGACGCCAUUCUUGGCCAACCGGCUCCACAUCCAGGACCAAUGUGGCAUCCACAACCUCCACGGCCUGCCAGGCAUCGCUGGUGCAGUAGGCAGCAUUGCGGCCAUCUUGUUAGUCCCCGACGAGGCCUACGGACUCCAGCUUCACCAAGUGUUCCCUGCCCGGGCUCCACCUCUGGGAAACGCCACCCUAGAGACCAUCUCGGCGGGGGAGCACCUGGCAAGGAGCACCUCGGAGCAGGCUCUCUAUCAGGGUGCAGCGCUUGGUGUCUCCUUCAUCAUGUCCCUGGCAGGGGGCUGCCUCACAGGGUUGGUUUUGAAGCUGCCCUUUUUAGCCCAGCCACCUGAUGAACUCUGCUUUGAUGAUGCUCUUUACUUUAAGAUCCAGGCGCCAACAGAGAUCUUGAGCAUGGAUCAGUCUUGCGGGGACACCCACCUGCCACUGAAGGACAGUGUUUGACCAGUUUCUCUGCUGGUGCAGGCAAAGAAGAAAUGCAGCAGCACCUCUCUCGGUGAUCUAGCAGAAUUCAGUGGCUGCCAUACUGUGCAAUGGUCCAUCAGCCUAGCGAUUCUGCAUGCAGACCAGUUGAGCAAAUGCAACAUUUGCACAAAUGAUUUUACGUGAGAGCAAGUCCAUUGUUCGCAACGGGCUUACUCUUGAGCGGCAUCAAUUGCACAAAUGUUGCAUCUGCACAACUGGCAUGCGUGCAUCACUAGGCUGGCGAAGCAUCAUGGUAGCCUACUCCGCUGUCAGGAACGCAAAUGUUGUAAACAGCACAUCCCAUUCCUCCUCCAGGGCAGGUGAGAAUUUGACCCAAGCCCCAUCCCUGUGGGUAGCAACUGGCCUAUCUACCCCCAGCACAGCACCCACCCCUUCAGUGGCUGCUCCUGGUGUCUAUCUUGUGUUUCUGCAUCAACUUUUGGCCCUCCUGCAGAGGUUGGCCUACAACUCCCCACAUCCCUAACUACUACUGGCCUCUGUGGCUGGGGAUUAUGGGGAUUUUGCCGUUCAAAAACUGCUGGAGGGGCCAAAUUGUGCAGCCCUGGGUUAGAUUAUAGGGAAUCAAAGAACUUGACAAAUGGAGCAAAAUACACUAUACGGCACAGAUGUAUAUACCACAGACGUAUACACCACUUUUUAUAUACCACUUUUAUAUAAACACAGAUUUAUAUACCACUUUCAACCCAAGUUCUCAAAGUGGUUCACACGGUACUCUCAUUUGAGGGUGUGAGCAGAAAUAGCUUCCAUGGCAGUCUCUAAAAGCCAGCUCUUGGUGCAAGAGGAUUACAGGCUGACAUCUGGAACUGGGGGGUUCAGACGGGGAACGUGUGGGGAGCAGCUCCUCACUUACCUUUGGAGUGGUGGGAGGGAGAGAGGAAGAUACUUUGGGGAGGAGAAAAUAUGUUUUGGGGGAGUUCAAUAAGAUGAGUGGGAGGGGGACGCCUUAAAUGCAUAAGGAGGGGCCACACCCCAAUCCAGAGCAAAAUUCUGCAGACGCUGCAUCCCCACAGGCGGGGUCUUCUUGAGCAGCAGAACAUAAUGGGAGGGGGGAAGCAGAUUUCUCUGAUAUCCCCCUCUCUCCAUAAGUGCUCCUUGCCUUCCAGAAAUUUGUCCCUGUGAGUUGCACAACCAUCAGGGACAUAUAUUUGGAAGGCAAAGAGUACUUAUGGAGGCAGGGGAGAUCAGCAGAAAUUGCUUCUCCCCAUCCCCACUCUGCCCGCCCACC